AUGAACAACCAUAACCAUGAAGGAAAUGGUGGGAAUGGGACUCAAGGUCCAAUAACAUUGGCGACCAUCCUAAAGGUUAAUCCACCGAAGUUUAAGGGAAUUACCAAUCUAACUGAAGCUGAUACUUGGUUCCAAGUGAUGGAACAAGCACGGCAAGCACAACUGGAGGAAUUCUACAAGAAGUAUUUCCUGAACUCCGCUAGGACGGCCAAGGAACUCGAACUACUGCAGCUGAAGCAGGGUACGAUGUCUGUAUCUGAGUACACAGACAAGUUUGAGGAGUUGUUUAGAUUCUCCCGCAUGUGUCAAGGAGCUCCGGGGGACUUUGAGGAGUUGAAAUGUAUCAAGUACGAAGGAGGACUCCGAAGUGACAUCUACAGUUCAGUAGGGCCUAUGGAGAUCAGGACUUUCUCCGAGUUGGUUAAUAAAAGCAGAGUUGCCGAAGAGUGUGUAAAGAAGGCAGCUGUAGAAAGAGGAAGCCAGAGGGGAUCAUUCCUACUUAGCCAAGGGAAGAGUUUCUCUCCUAGAGGUCCGCCCUUCAAGCGGGGAGGUUUUGCGCCACAGAGGACUCAAGGUCAGAAUAACUUCAGAAUGCCCAACAACAACAACAAUGCUUCGGGGAGAAGAUUUUGGGAAGCAGCCCCUGGUCGGAGAUGA